GCGCCGGGUACGGAACUCGGAACCCCCGGCGCGGCCGUGCUUCCGGCGCGCGCCGCUUCCGGUUCCGGCAUGGCCCCGCGCGCGCUGCCGGUGCUGCGGCCCGGCCGGCGGCCCCGGCCCGGCCAGUGGUACCGGCUGUCGCUGCACGGUGAGCGGCCCUGUGGGCGCGUGGGCCAUGGCUGCCUCUUCCUCCCGGGAGUGGGGCCCGGCCGUGUCCUCCUCCUGGGUGGUGCUGACCCCGAUGGUGCCUUUGCAGACGCUCACUUUGUGGAGCUGGGCACCCACCGCUGGGUUGCGACCAGCUGGACUGGGCUGCGUCCUCGCUAUGAGCACGCCACCAUCCUGCCCACCACCCGCCCUGUGCGUCUCUGGGUUUUUGGUGGCGCUCACCCGGCAGGGAACCGCAGCUGCAUCCAGGUGCUGGACCCUGAAAUAGGAACAUGGGAGAGUCCGGAAGUGAGUGGUAUUCAGCCAUUGCCGAGGACGUUCCACACCUCCUCCGCAGCCGUUGGAGAGCGCCUGUACGUGUUUGGAGGGGGAGACAAAGGAGCGGAACCUGUUGCGGACCAGCAGCUCCAUGUGUUCGACACAGCCACCCUGACCUGGUCCCAGCCAGAUACUCGUGGUGAUCCUCCCUCUCCUCGGCACGGACACGUCAUGGUUGCCAUCGGAACCAAACUCUUCAUCCAUGGAGGUUUAGCUGGUGAUGUUUUUCACAGUGAUCUGUUCUGCAUUGAUAUCGAUGACAUGCAGUGGGUGAAAGUAGCGGCCACCGGUGACAUCCCAGGAGGACGGGCGUCCCACGCAGCAGCAGCAUUCAAGGAGCAGUUGUACAUUUUUGGUGGGAUCGGUCCCAGCGGGGCGCUGGAUACGAUGUACAGGUACCACACAGAGAAGCAGCAGUGGACGCUCCUGCAGUUUGAUGCCCCGCUGCCCGCUGCAAGGCUGGACCACGCCGUGUGUGUCAUUCCCUGGCGCAUUGCGAGGAGCAUGGAUGUGGGAGCUGCCAACAGGGAGGGCAGAGCUAGGGAGGAGACAAACGUGUCGGCGGGUGACAAAGCCACCCCCCUCGAGAAGGGGCAGGAUGAGGAGCGGGAUGGAGCCCUCGUGCACCUGCUGUGGGUGUUCGGGGGGAUGAACACACAGGGGGAGGUGUACCGGGACUGCAUCGUCACCCUGGUUGAGUAGCGGAGCAGCACUGGCCCCUUCUGCUCCGUGUUACAGCAGGGUCACUUUGACUGCAUCAUUCUUCCCAAUAAACAAGUUCUUGCCCUCAGAGAGAUGGUGCUGUGCAAACACACCCACAGCACUCACGCUCUGCCCUUUGGCUGCUCUCACUUGAGCACAGGUUGCUGCAGGUGUGCCCGGCACAGUUUGCACUGUGUCAGGAAGGUCACACACUGCUGCCGGCAGGAAUGUCUCUGCAACGCCCCAGCUUUACUUGGGGGUGGUUUGAGCUCCAGAUUCCAGUGUGUUGGAAAGGAGUGAAUGCAAACCAGAAGCGAGGGGCUGAGUGUUUUUAAGGAGGCAUUAAGAGGGGGUACCACAACUGCUUAUCUCAUCCCAGAGAUGGGAGGAUUGCAGUUUAGUAAGAAGAGGAGAGCUGUUGGGUGAAUUGGUGCUUUCAGUCUCCAGGGAAAAGGCUUCCUUGCCUCAUCUGAGGCUCUAAUAAAGCUUUUAAAGAGUUUCCAUGCUCUAGGAGUUUGUGUAUGGAGUUCAGCUCCUCCCCUGCUCUGAGCUCUGUGUCAGCACUGAGAGGAAGGCACAAAAGGGUGCCCUCUCCAGGCUCUGGGGAAGCCACACAGGCAGGGAAGACUCCCCUCUGGCUCAGACCCCGGGAAGGGCAGGAUUGAGUGGUCAGCCCCAAGUCCUGCAGGAGACUCCUGCAAGGCUCCCUGGCCUCAGCUCGAGCCCCAAGGCAGAGAAACACAAGCUGUUGGUGCCCAUGUUCCAGCUUCCAGGCCUCUCCCUCUCUUCCUUCUCCCCACAAGUGAACCAGGGCUCUUCCACAAGGGAAGCUGUAGGGCAGCCAGAGCUCACCUGAGGAUGGGAGUAUUGCCA